AUGCAAGCUGCAUCUUCAGGAAUUGGAUACGGUCUCAAAUAUCAGGCUAGAUGCAUAUCGGAUGUAAAAGCAGACACAGAUCACACUAGCUUCCUCGCUGGCACUCUCAGCCUCAAAGAAGAAAACGAGGUACAUCUGAUUCGGCUCUCGUCCAGUGGAACCGAACUCUUCUGCGAGGGAUUGUUUUCUCACCCCAACGAGAUCUGGGACCUCGUCUCUUGUCCGUUUGAUCAACGGAUCUUUUCCACUGUCUACUCUAACGGUGAAACGUUUGGGGCAGCAAUAUGGCAGAUACCUGAGUUAUAUGGCGAGUUAAAUUCCCCUCAGCUAGAGAGAAUUACCUCCCUUGACACUGAUUCUUGCAAGAUUAAAUGUAUUCUUUGGUGGCCAUCUGGAAGACAUGAUAAAUUGAUCAGCAUCAAUGAGGAAAAUCUGUACUUGUGGAAUCUAGAUGUUUCAAAGAAAACUGCACAGGAAGAAUUCAUGAUGAUUUGGCAAAGCUCCUCCACUGCCUUCCCAUAUAUUCAAACAAAACCUCAGGUACAAUCACAAGAUUCAGCUGGUAUGCUGCACAAGUUAUCUGGAGGGGCAUGGGAUCCCCAUGAUGUGAGUUCUGUUGCUGCAACUUGUGAAUCAUAUCUCCAAUUUUGGGAUGUCAGAACAAUGAAGAAGACUAUUUCAGUUGAAUGUUCUCAUGUAUGCAGUGUUGAUUACCAUCCUCAGAAGCAGCACAUACUUGUGACGGCAGAACAUGAGUCUGGAAUACAUAUUUGGGAUCUAAGAAAACCUAAAGUUCCCAUCCAAGAGCUUCCCGGACAUACUCAUUGGACAUGGACUGUCAAGUGUAAUCCAGAGUAUGACGGAAUGAUCUUGAGUGCUGGUACGAAUUCAACUGUCAACUUGUGGCUUGCCUCAACGAAUCAUGAGGAGUUAACAACUGAAAGACAAGUAGAUUCAUCUGCCCGAUGGGUUGAUCCAUUGCUUAAUACAUACAGUGAUUAUGAAGACAGCAUUUAUGGGCUCACGUGGAGUUCUCGUGAACCAUGGAUCUUUGCAUCAUUAUCCUAUGAUGGCAGGGUUGUUGUAGAAUCAGUUAAGCCUUUCAUCCCCCAAAAAUGA